AUGUUAGGGCGGGAGCGCUUGGAAUGGGAAGUGGCCACUCGCAAGAUUGGAGUGGUGGUGCUUGAUGCUGAUCCUCCGGCCAAGCCCCAGUGCGCUGCGAUGCUGGUGCCGCAGGGGCGGGAGCUAGACUGGAUCUUUUCGUCAAAAUCAGGGCAGCAGCAGCUACUGGCAUCAUCUGGCGUUGCGACGCUUAUUCUCCUCUCCAGGGGAGGGCUUGGAUCCGAAGAAGAAGGUCCAGCUCUGGAUGAAUGGGAGCUUGACGAAGAAGAGGACGAAGACGAGGAGCUCAAGAAAUUCCUAGGCCCGUUUCUCCUCCAGCUUGUGAGGAACAAGGCGGGGCUAGACGAGAUACAAGAGGUUCCAUUCGCGUGCUACCAGGACAAUGUGGUUUGGUCUCGGGUUCUAGAGCGAGCUUACUCUCGCAAAACAGGCAUGAUGCUCGUCGAGGACGUCCGCCUCGAGGGUGGCCAUCUCCGGAGGAGGCUCCGCUUCAAGAGCCUUCCAAAUCUCAUACAGACCGAGGUGCCGCUGCUGGGUGGCGAUCUUGAUCUCGGUCUCGAUCGAACGGACUCUCCCUCGGCCUGUUCGAUCGAUCACGGGGUGCUGGUUCACGCGUACUUGGCCCCGCUCGUGGCUGGCUUCAGCUUGAUCAGCCGCUGCCUUGAGUCGUGCUCGGCGGCGGGAGAUCCCGCGGGGGUGCUGUGCGUGGGGAUUGGAGGCGGAGCUCUGCCAAUGUUCUUGAGCUCCCGGAUGGACGCGGCGGUGGCGGCGAUGGAGGUGGUGGCGGUGGACGUGGACGAGGUGGUGGUGGACGUUGCCAGGCGGCGCUUUGGUCUCGUCCCCGCCGAGAAUCUCCGCGUGCAUGUGGAAGACGGCGUGGAGACUGUGAGGAACAUCGCUAGGUCGCGGCUCGAGGACGGUGGUGGUGCCGAGAAGGAAAAGAUGGCGGAGCAUUUCUUCCACGCGAUCGUGGUGGACGUGAGCGACGGAUCAUCGAGGAGCUGCCCCCCGGAGGAAUUCGCGGAGGGGGAGUUCCUGCGCGACGCUCGAUCGGCGCUGGAUUCCGGAGGGAUGCUGGCGAUGAAUGUGAUGCCCCUGGGGGAAGAAUCACACCGUGGGCUGUUGAAACGCAUUGGUGAGGUUUUCGACGAGGUUUACCAGUCGGAAGUGAGCAGCGGUGACAACUUUGCUGUUUUCGCACUGAAGAAUCCUUUGCGUGGUGUUUCGGUGCCACUCACUUGUAAGAUUGGAAACUUGGUUGGCAGUGAGCUGCUAAGCAAUAUAUUCAAAGUUGAGACUUCAUAUUUCUUGUGGAAAGAAAGCUUGGGAUCGCAAACGAAGUUUUCUUGCUCGGAGAAUCAAAAUUUGCUCUGGUCUUUACUCGUAGGAUCACAACUAGUUAGCAAACACGAGAGAAAAGGAAAUGAAGCGAGC